AUGAAUCCCUAUAUGAACCAAGGUAAUCCAAACAAUCCGUAUUUACAAAAUGUCUAUGGACAACAGCAAAACUUUAUGGCAAAUCUGCCGCCUGAAAUGCAAUCUGCAGUAGGUGGUUUCUCGCCUCAACAAAAAAUGGAUGGAAAUGCCAGCAAUACAAGCGCGAGUCCUCAACAGCAACAACAACCUCAAUUCGAUCCUCAAAAUAACGCUGCAUUAGUAGCCAAUAUGGUUGCUAAAAGACAAAUGUAUGGUGGUAAUCCUCAACAGCAACAGCAGCAACAACCUUUCAGUCCUGUUACGUCGAAUCCCUCCAUCACAGGUUCUCCAACUGCUGUUUCAAUGGGUAUGAAUAGUCCUCAACAAAGACAACAAAGUCCACUGUUAUCCAAUCCUCAGCAGCAAUUGUUGCAACAGCAAAUCCAUCAACAACAGCAGCAGCAACAACAACAACAAGCGUUUAGACAACCACAGCAAGCAUGGGGUAACAAGCCAACAACGCCUCAACAAGCAAUGGGACUGCAACAAGGAAUGAAUGAACAGCAGCGACAACAAUUCCACAUCAUGCAACAACAGCAAAUGUUGAGAAAGCAGCAGCAGUUCCAGCAGCAGCAGCAACAACUACAGCAACAACACCAGCUCCAGCAACAGCAACAACCUCCUAUGAUGGCCACUGUAUCAUCCCACUCACUAUCACCUCAGACUGAAACAUCUAUCUCGGCAGUAGCAGCUGGCCCUUCUAAUGUUGAUAUAAAUGAGCUCAAACGAUCAUCUGCAGCAAUGAUAUCUUCAUCCACCAAUAUCGCUUCUGCUACGGAUGCAGAUAUAAAUAUGAAACGAGUUGAAAUUAUCUUAGCAUUGAAUAUUGAAUUGAUCCGUCUAUGUAUUGAGAGUCAACGCACAGGAGCCAGUUUAGAGCCUAAUCUACCACUAUACCAAGCUAAGCUGCAAUCAAACCUAACAUAUCUUGCUACCAUGGCCGAUAUAUCCAUGGUCAAGCCAGGAGAGGAAUACAAAGCACCAUCUCCUCCAGAUCUAUCGCCUUUACCUCCAGCACAAUCAGAGAUUGGCAAGAAAAUUCAUGAAUUACUCGCCACAGCACAAGGCUUAUUCACUACAUCAGACCUGAACCAACCUAAAAAGUCGGAAUCACCCUAUUCAGCAUCUUCCCAGCAACAGCAACAGCCAUCUCAACAGCCUCAACCUCAACAGCCAUUGCCUCAGCAACAGGCACAACAGCAUAUGUCGCCUACAUCGAUGCGUGGUACACCUUUACAGCAGCAGCAGCAAUUGCAAAUGCAACAGCAACAACUGCUUCGUCAACAGGCUGCUGCCAUGCGUCAACAACAGCAACAACAGUUCCUGAGGGCUACUGGCAAAUCCAGUGCUAAUAGCAGCGCAAAUAACAGCAAUGUCAGCACACCUACCAGUGCCAAUACACCCAUGAGUGUAACUAAUCGUGGAGGUAUGCCUGUCAAUGCCACAAUGGAUCCUCAGAUGAUGUUGAGACAGGCUCAACAUGCGCAAAGUUUGAUGCAGCAACAACAGCAACAGAUGAGACAGCAGCAAAUGAUGGCUAAUAUGGGGCUAAAUUUGGCUUCGUCCUCGUCGCCUACUACAAACAACAACGGAUUUAGUCCUCUCCAACAGAGUAUAGAGUCUCCCAAUAUGCAACAGCAACAGCAACCUCAGCAACCUCAGCAAAUGAACCCCAAUGAUGUGCUGGCUGCAGCUAAUGGCAUGAUGAAUCCAAAUGCCAUGUUGAUGAAUCCUGCGAGCAUAAUGAACAACAUGUAUAAUCAGCAACAACAACAACAACAAAAUGUGAACAGCAAUGAUGAUCCUAAUAACUAUAAUAAUGUCAUGAUGAUGAUGCAAAGACUACAACAGCAACAGCAAAAUCAGCAAAAUCAAUAG